AGUUAAAUUAGCUUUGAAUCAAAUACAAAAAGAAUGAAAAAGAUGUUUUCUUUUUAUUUUACAGCGAGUUCGAAUAAUUAGCUAGUACAUGAUUUAAUCUCUCUUGAUGGCCGGUAAUUAAGCCCGCGAUGGGUUUUACUAUGGAACAGGAGUACCCGGCAAAACCCGUGUUGUCGAGCAGGUAAGUGGAGUAAAAUUUUAAUGGAGACUUAACAACUUCACGGAUGACGGCUUGCUUGGUAUCCGCCACAUCUAACUACAAGGUCUACUGCUAUACAAGGAAGGAAUACUUUCUCUUUUCGUUACUUCCUGAAUGGCGGGUCGCACGGAAAGAUGGAAAACAGCGUAUUUGUGUUGGGCCUUUUGUGUUGCUGGUCAUUUCAAUUUUCAACUGCUCUGACCAACUGCUGCCACGUCACCAGAAUGGAAUGGGAGAGUCACGUCACAUGUUCCGGAUGUCAAAUGGAAGACGUACCCCAAGAUUUGCCAAUGAACACGACUGUACUUAAUCUGUGGAACAAUAGAAUUGUAGAGUUAGAUAGGGACUCAUUUACAUAUUUACCACACCUCAAGUAUCUAAUACUGUCACAGAAUGGAAUGUACAAUGUCUCACCUGAAGCGUUUUCCUCUCUUGGGAAUCUCGAAUACUUGGAUCUAUCAGACAAUUAUUUGGAACAUUCUGCGUUUGAUUCCUUAGUGUUCCAACAUCUUCCAAAACUUAGGUGCUUAUAUUUACAUAGAAAUCACUUUCAUUUGAAAAGACUAUAUCCCGAAAAUGCGCUAUCUUUCAUCACCACGCUUCAAAAUUUAAGUAUAGAUAUUUUCGAUGGUUUUACUUUUGGAAAAGGGUUUCUUAACUUAACCAAUCUGGGCAAAUUGGAUGUUUAUCGCACCGGCGCGGAGCGAGUAUCAAUUCGAAAUACAUCUUUCAAAGGUCUGGAGCGAUCCGUUAUAACACAUCUAAAUUUAGAUUUUAAUAUGAGAUCGAUAGAGGCAGAUUCGUUAUCACCUUUUGGAAGUCUCAUAUCACUCACUUUGGAUUCCAAAAAAACCUUAUCAAUUCAUGAGGUUUUGCUGGUUCUCUACGGACUACGGGGAAGAAACAUGGAAUCAAUUGAACUCUCACAAAAUCACGUUGUCUACAGUCGAAAUGGUAAUUUAGAGAAAUCAGACCUUGUAUUUCUGGGAACAAUUUGUGUUAGGAAGUUAGACUUGACCAGGAAUCUCAUUUCUGGAAUUACAAUGGAAGCGGUCUUGUCUUGGAAUAGUAGGGUUUGUCUGGAGGUUUUAGAUCUGUCAAGAAAUGUUGUCGCAUCACCCCAGAUGUUGAGUCUCCUAGUGCUGUUUCCGUCUAUAACACAUAUGUAUGCAUCAUAUGAAAUCAAUACAUUUACACGUAAACGUCGCGGUGUGUGGAGUAGAAAGACAACUGUGUUUUUACCCACAAGUUUGCGUUACCUCUAUCUAUCCCACGAUCCUUCCCACUUCGAUAUCUCUGACGCUACUACAGUCUCGGAUAGUAAUGAGCUGAGGGUGUUGGAUGUCAGUUAUCCUAUUGGAGGGAUCACAUGCUCAGGCGGCUAUAUCAAUGGCUUAGUCCACUUACAGGAACUCAAUAUAUCGGGAUGGAAAUGCACAAAUCCAAACACUCAAUUUUUUGCCAAAUUUCCAAACUUAUCACGCCUUGAGGCCAAAGAAUGUUACUUGGGAAGUAGACUUAGUUUGGAUGGAAACACGCUUUUUACAGGAAUGUACAACCUUUCAAUUAUUGAUCUGGCUUUCAACAGCAUCAAGUCAUUGAAUUUAAAGACGUUUGAAGACCAAUCUUAUUCAUUAAAAGUUUUGAAUCUUACAGGAAAUGAUAUGGAUCGUCUUCCUCUAGAAAGUCUGACAUUUCUUCGCGUAUUAGAAAUACUAGAUUUGCGUGAUAAUCUUAUAACGACUCUAUCUGAUACAGAGUGUUCUUUUCUGGAUGUUUAUGGCUCUAACUUGGAUAAAUUUAAAAUCAUGUUGGCGGGAAAUCCUUUAGUUUGCAACUGUGACAACUUGGAUUUCGUUGCCUGGUUACAUACAACAAAAACUGUCUACGACAGAGAUCAUCUCUCAUGCAGCACGCCAGGGGGAGAUACAAUCAAGAUCGCCGAUUUCCUUGAAUCCUUUGAAGAUUUCCAGGACAGUUGUGUGGCUCAGUUCUGGUUGUUGAUUUCUAUAAUUCUUACCGUGGUUUGUAUCUUGAUGGGUAUUCUCUCUCGAUUAGCGUGGCAACACAGUGUCUGGGUACGUGUGAGAUGUCGACAACCUUUGAAACAUGAUGUGUACCCCUAUGAUAUCUUUAUAUCGUAUUGUGACCAGGACUCCGGCUGGGUAAUGAAAACAUUGGUGCCAUGGCUAGAUGAAAAAGGUAUAGGAUAUUGCGCUGGUGACAAAAAUUUCAGUCCUGGGCUGUAUGAAGCCGAUAAUAUUAUGGAAGCUAUAGACAAUUCAUGUCAAAUAGUGUUUGUCGUGAGUUGCACAUUUUUGGAACGUGAAUGGCCAUUGUUUACGAUGAAACUUGCCAGUACAUAUUCAUUUCGCGAGGGACGAGAAAAUAUGAAUAUCAUUAUUAUGCUAAACGAUAUGAAACGUAGCGAGUUUCCUAAACUUCUCCGGAAGAACUGGGAUGUCAUACGUCCAGUACAAUGGCCGGAUGAUAGUAACACAGAUCAAAGUCGGCUCACAAAAGCUAGGGAACAAUUUUGGAAGUGUUUGUUAAAACGAAUUAAAAGGGGAAACAGCCGCUUUAAACCAGCAGCUGUUUCCGAGUCAAAGUUAUAAUGUCAAUACCGUGUAAGGCUUUCUGAACUGCACACUCGUAUUAAAAUAAAGGGUGGCUUAAGUCAAAUGUACAAAAACUUUAAUCGUCACAAAACCCCAUCCUUUGAUUUGUUUUCACUAGUUUUAUGUUCCAUUUAUCACCAAAACUUAUUUUACUCAUAAAGACUACUUAAUUCAUUUCCGACAAUAAAAAUUAUGUAUUUAAAUAUACUCGGUCA